AACUGGAAAAGAGUGUUGGGCAAUUAUGUUUUUCGGCAGGCAGAAUUGAUGUCUUCAUAUUUUAUAAAAUAUAUUCGACCUAAAAAUGAAUUGUUGCAUUUGCCAGUUUUCUGUGCGCAACCCGAAAAACAUACACGAGGAAACGAUUGGAAAGCCGCCCAUAUUAAUCAGUGAUUUGGUUCUGCAAUGUACAAAGGGCACAAACUAUGUGCUCGGCGAGGUGGGAUCGACAAUAUGCAAAAAAUGCUGCGAGAAAUUGUCGCGCUAUCACAAAUCCUUACAAAUUGCACGAAAACUGCGCCAGGAAAUACUGGAAUUAAUACGAAGUCCAUUUAUAAUUAAGGACUUCAAGUCACGAAGUGAACUCAAGGUCGAGGCCGCCGAAAAAUUUGAUGGUAGUAGCAUCAGCGUCGAAAUGGUCGAGACUGUGGAUGCAGCUGAUUUAGAUGAUGGAUCAGACGCGACGCCAGUCAAAGGAACAAUUGUGGACACAGCAUUAGUGGUGGAGGAAGAACACGUCCUAAUAGAAAAGACUUCCGAUUGCGAUGAAGAGGAAUUUCAAGCAGUUGACCUAGAGUUAGAUAUUGAAAAUGAAAUAAUUAUAAAUGAAGAGGUUCCUGAUGCGGAUCUGGAUGAUGAAGUCAAGCAAACAACCGACGAGCUGGAUAUGUUCACUGAGGACAAGGAUAUGUUAAGUGAGUUUGAAGAUGAUCAAAUGGAUGGCACAAUCGAAUACCUAAUAUCAGAUGCUGAUGACCAGGACAGCUCUAACGACUAUACAGUUAACAUACAAUGUCCGAGCUGUCCGGAGCAGUUCAGCAGUCGCCGUUCAUAUAAUGCGCACACAAAACGUGAGCAUUUCCCUGGCUAUGUGUGUGAUCAGUGCGGCAAAACCUUGCAAUCCUACUCUGGCUUCAUUGGCCACCUACAGAAUCAUGAGCCGGUCAAACAGUUCGAGUGCCCCCAUUGUGGCGAGCGCUUCAGCCGCAAGUUUCGACUGAAACACCAUAUGGCAUGGCACACGGGGGAAACGCCUUAUCAGUGUGAAGUGUGCUCGAAACGGUUUGUUCAUAAGGUUGCGCUCUACAAGCACAAAAUGAUACACGACAAUGAAUCUAAGCGCCUGGAGUGUCAGGUUUGUGGCUUUAAGACGCGCACGAAAGCCCAUCUUGAGCGGCACACACGGUCCCACACAGGCGCCAAGCCAUUCGCCUGUCCAGUAUGCAACAAACGAUUCUCCCAAAUGUACAACAUGAAGGCGCAUCUCCGGGAGCACGAGAAUCCUGGCAGCAAUCGGCAUCGGCGCUUUCACUGCCCCAAAUGCACACAUACGUUCAUUAACGAACAGAAUUACUUAAGUCAUUGCCAGCGGGACGAUUGCACGCCUGUCUAGCAUAUCGCCAGUUCGUCAAUUAAGCUUAACUAAGAUUGUACAUAUAUUUUGUAUGGGCUAGGAAAUGACAGUCUUCACAUUAUUAAUAAUUGAAUAAAAAUUCGGUUUUAAAUGUCAA